CAGCAACUGGUCGUUCCCCAUUAAUAGGCUUUUCCUAUAUUUUAAGCACUCUUUCUCAAAACAUGUAUUUACGUUAACCAACACUAGACACAAAAAUGCCGCAGAAUCUGUGUUUAAGCAAAAUAAAGGCAGAUAUUAACAAUGUUAUUGCUAAUUUACAAUGUUUGGAAAAGUUGAGCACUGCUCCAGUGGAAGACUUCAACAUCGAGCAUGCAUCACAAAUCCAGCAGCGCACCACAGCCCUGCUAGAGCAGUUGGAACAGCUGCCACAUCAAGAAAUUUUGCGCAUUCAACUGAGACGCCAGCUAAAACGUAUAAAAGCCAAAGAGAACGCCAAACUUAGGAAAGAACAAUGUAGAAAAACACCAGCAUCUGUCCCAGAGUCCAGUAAUGCAUUAACUACUACUGAGGAAGUAGGGCUGUCUGCAAAAGAGCAAGCUUGUCCGCUUAGACUAAAACGCCUAGGUGAGGCCACAAUGAUGCUCCAAAAAUUUGACUUGCUUGAAAAACUAUACACGUCUCGCGGUGGGCACUAUGGGCUUAGCCAAAGUUUAGCACAAAUGCGCAAAGCUUGGCGCUGUGUUCAGAAGGAGAAUGACAAUACAGAUAAGUUAUUGCUUUUGGAAACUAUGUGGGAUAGAGUUAUAUUUGGCUGCACUUCUGGCAACAUUUGUUAUCAGCGUAAGGGAAAGAAGGCCAAAAAAGACUUCAUACAGAAGAGAACCAUUUGGGAUUCUUAUAUUUGUCAAGGCACCGGCACAAGCAUACCAAUCGGCUGGGUGUUACCACCAGAAAAUCCCAGUCCCGAAUGGGCAAAGUUUUGUUGCAAAUAAAUUUUGUCAAGUAAUAUACAUAUAAGAGUGGAAUUUUAUUCUUUUUAAGAAUCUAAGAAGCUCAGCUUAGCUCAGACGCAAACUCGAACAAGUUCAAAUGCAAG